AUGGAUAAGGUUGAUGAAGAACCGGAAACGAAACACGAUGAAACAGGAAGAGAUCAAGAGGUUGUGGAACAAACAAAGAAACGAAGUGCUCUUCUCCUGAUCGGUCUUGAUUCCAUCAUUAAAACUGUUUUAAGUGAUCAUGUUUUUCCAAAAAAAACUCAAAAUGAAGAGAAGGCUGUUUUUCAGUAUUCAGAUAUGGAGGUCCAUCCGUACUUUGGCCAUGUUACCUUGGAGAAAGGGAAAUUGAAACAAUGGUUGGGAUCAGCCAAGACGAAGCUAACCUCUUCGGAAUGUGUAAAGCUUGUGAUGGGAGUUGACUUUGGUGGCGAUACGAACAAAAUACGAUGGCUGUGCCACUCAGCAUCACUUGAAACUCACGAACUUUUCAAUACUGAGAGACUUGAUGAUGUUUGGGCAGCAUUGGAGUGGAAAUUAACAGACGAGAGAUGGUCUCUUCGAUGUGAGAAUGACAUGAUUAAGGCAACCCAUUUUGGCUGCGAUGAGGACGUGCUAAAUCAUGAUCUGCAACCUCAAUACUGUGAGAAUUAUGAAAUAAUUGUUGAUGAUUUCAUUGACUCUUCGGUUGAAACCAUUUCCAAACUGGGAGCUUACAACAUUUCAAAAAUAUUAAGUUUCUUGGAUUUAGAAGGAAUCAAUGCUUGUUACAAUAGUUGUAGGUUGAUGAGAAGAUUGAUAGCAUCACGAGAUUUUACUAUGGCCUACAUUCUAGAUAAAUGUAUCGCCCUUCCAUCCCAUUUCAUUGAGCACAAUGGUGAACUGUUAAGGGAAAAAACAGUUCCUGAGCUUAAAGCAAUUAUUUUUAAUUAUUGUAGUAAGAUCUCGAUUAUCAACAAUUUCAGUAUUACUUGGUUGAAUGAUACAUACUGGAAAAGAGAGAAACGAAGUGACAGUCCAUUUAAAUCGGUAGCCCAUCUAUGUUUUGUUUGGUGGUUGGAUAUUGCAGGAAGAAUUUCACUGAUUAAGGGAGACUAUGAGGUGUUUCUCAAAUAUAAGAACACGAAAGCGAAUGGCUACGAUCGAUACAACCUCAAUAUUGAUUGUCGUCCUGUUGAAACGGGGCAUGAAUCAAAUGCUGACGUUUCCAAUUUAAAUACGGUUUGCAAUAUCUCGAUUGGUGCUGGCAGCUCAAAACUCCACAAGUUGGGUGAAAUCCGAGUUCUUGUGCCCAGACAAGAUUUUCGUUUCAAAAUAUUUGAUCAUGAUUGUAACGAAAUCAAACAAGAAAUGGAUUUCGAUUAUUUGGAAUUUAAAAGAAAAUGA